AUGGACAGCAUAUCUACUCGUUUGGCUUCUUUCCAAAUCUCCGAAUUCGUUGAUCGAUUGGGUCUGGAACGACUAAGAACAGAAACCGGUGCUUUACAAAACCGAUUCUCUAAUCUCAAGUCUGUCACUGACUUUUUUGAUGUCAAGCGCAUGUCCAAGCCCCAGGGAUGGGUCGAUGCUCAAUCUCGUAUCAACUACAAUCUCAGUUACUUUUCUGCCAAUUAUGCCGUUAUUUUUGCUCUUCUUUCCGUCUACAGUUUGAUCACUAACCCUCUGCUUUUGUUUGUCAUCAUCUUUGUUAUUGGCGGCAUGUACGGUAUUGGUAUGCUUCAGGGCAAUGAUUUGCACCUGGGCAUCACCUCCUUUACUACAUCUCAGUUGUACACCGGUCUUCUUAUCAUUGCUCUGCCUCUUGGUUUCAUUGCUUCUCCUCUCUCCACCAUUCUUUGGCUCAUUGGUGCUUCUGGUGUCACAAUUCUUGGUCAUGCUGCCAUCAUGGAGAAACCUAUUGAGAGCGCUUUUGCUGAUGAACAGGUUUAA